UCUCAUUUGCUUUCUGCUUCCGCAGACUAUCACCUCGUAUUAAGGACGAUUUUUCUUCCGGUUGGUAUCUGUUUGUUUCAUUAUUGAACGUUUUCCUUCUCUCUGGUGCUAGAAUCCGCUCCAUUCGGGAGGUUCUCUUGCCCUUUUUCUUGGUCUUGCGUUCUGGGCAUGCGUUCUUGUGGAUUGGGCUUCGAAGCAACUCUGGGCUUCUGCAGGGGCUUAACGAGGUGUUGGUGGUUGUGGACAACAUGGCUGGCACAGACAUGAGCAAGAUCCUUGAUGCUUAUAUCCUGGAUUACAUGAUGAAGAAGAAUCUCCAUGCAUCGGCUAGUACGUUCAUGAAAGAAGGGAAGGUUCCCAAACGUUCUGCUGUUGAUGUAAUUGAUGCUCCUGCUGGGUUCUUAUUGGAAUGGUGGUCUGUUUUCUGGGACAUAUUCCUGGCAAGAACAAAUGCAAAAUGUUCGGAUGCUGCUGCUUCAUAUCUCAAGCAAUUAAAGGAGAAAGACAAACAAAUUCAAUGUGAUAUUCCGAAUCUUCAAAUGAUGCAUGAACUGAGACAACAACAGACUCCAGACAUGUGUUCUUCGCCUUUUAUUGUUUGCUCAGGCCCAGGGAUUCCUGAGCACAUAUCGAGACAGCCAGCUGCCUCCACAAGACUUUAUGCAGAGUUACCUAGACAUGGUUAUGCACAACAGUUAGAUUGUUCUGCCUAUCUUGAUGCUUCUCAAAAGCUUGUGACUGACCAUUCUCGGGAUGUAGCCCAAGUUUCAAGAAGGAACCUCUCUAUGGCUUCAGGAGGUCUGUACCUUCCCCCUUCACAGGCAUCUAGCAACAUAGGUGAUACAAAUUUGGCUAAAAAUGACAAAACUGGAUCUUUGGAUCCAGCAUUGUGUGGUAUACCAGCAGACAUGCAGUCAAGAUCUAGACCUCUAACAGAUAUGAGUCCGGGGAUUAAGCCACUGCCUCUCAAUGGUGGGCCUUUAAUGGGAAGUGACCAUUUUCAACUGCACUCAGCAUGGGUCUCUCCUAUGCAAAGGCCUGACAGAUUACAGCAGUCUCAGCUGUUGAUGCAUCUUCAACAACGACAGCAGUUGACUGAUGCUCCUGAAAAUUGUAGAUCUAUGUUCACAGCAAAUUGUUCUCAACCAGGCAAAGGUUCUCCUAUUCAACUUCCUUCGCAAUUGAUUGGUGCAGUUUCAGACAACCAAGCAGUAUAUCGCCCAGUGGGACAACAGGUUCGACAAGACCAAGGACCACCACUAGAGAAUUGCCGUAAGCGGAAAAAAUCUGAGAAUCUUGGAACUGCAAAAAGUGCUGGUAUGGAUGAUUUUACAGGUGCUUCCUUCACCUCAGCACUGUCAUCUGGUCAUAGGAAGUCUGCAGGGAAUGCAUCGGGGCAUAGUGGCAUGUCAAGGAAGAAUCAGCCGCAUGUUUCUGUUGGAAUGAGAGGAAAUACACACCCUUUAGAGCAGCUGGAAAACUUGGACAAUUGUCACGCUGCUACCUCUUUAGAGGAUGAUGUCGACUCAUUUCUUUCACACGAUUAUGAGAAUGCUGUUGAUUCUUUAGUUGGCACAUCAAAAAGGAACUCUGAUCCCCUAAAUGUGGAUUCAUUGUCUGAAGUUGCCUGCCUUCGUUCAAGCAAUAGUAAGGUUGUUUGCUGCAGUUUUUCAUCUGAUGGAAAACUGUUAGCUAGUGCGGGUCAUGACAAGAAGGUUCUUCUUUGGAACAUGGAUACCCUGGAGACCAAGAGCUUACCAGAUGUGCACGCACUGUUGAUCACAGAUGUCCGAUUUAGGCCUAACUCAACAUACUUAGCGACAUCCUCAUUUGACAGGACCUUGCGUUUAUGGAAUGCAGCAGAACCACUCCAUUCUGUAGGCAGCCUUUCUGGGCAUAUGACACAGGUGAUGUCAUUGGACUUUCAUCCAACAAAUGAAGAUCUUCUGUGUUCAUGUGAUGCUAAUGGAGAAAUCCGCUUUUGGAGUGUCAAAGACUCUACCACCCACUGUAUCCUCAAGGGUGGUGCUUCAAAAGUGAGAUUUCAACCUGGUUCUGGUCAUUUUUUUGCCGCUGGAGCUGACAACGUGGUCAAUGUAUUUGAUGUGGAAUCUCACAUCUGUGAAUCUUCCCUGAAGGGCCAUGGGAAGGAUGUUCGCUCAAUCUGCUGGAACUGGGAUGGUAAAGUUUUAGCAUCUGUAAGUGAGGAUUGUGUGAGGGUUUGGCCGAUGACAGCAAAACGUGGAGAAAGUACACAUAAGCUGAGAUCUAAUGGCAACAAGUUCCAAUCAUGUGUAUUCCAUCCAGCUCACACGCACGUCCUUGUUGUGAGUGGUUAUCAGUCAAUCGAACUGUGGGACCUUGUGGCUGAUCGGGUGACAACAGUGGCCGCCCACGAUGGUAUUAUUGCUGGUUUGGCACAGUCACCGGUCACCGGAAUGAUUGCAACAGCCAGUCAUGACAAGUGCGUGAAGCUCUGGAAAUAAAAGUAGAGCGUAAGUUGGGAUGAGUUUGUACAUGAUAGUCGUUGGAAGGUUACAGCAUCUUGCUGAAUUUUCAUAGCUGGUUAUCUAAGAUUCAGUUUCUCUGAUUAAGCAUUUCUUUUCCGCAAAGGAACUCACCAUUUUUUAUACUAAAUUUUUGCUUGUUUUUAUUCUGUGGAUCUCGACAGAAAUGAAAUAAAAGGGUCUUGUCAUGGGUCAAGUGUGACCAGCCACCAUUCUGAUCACAAUAGAUAUGCACACGCACAUUUUCUC